AUGCCGAGGGACGCUGGGACCGACCGCACAGCCGGUGGUGGUUACAGCGACCACAGCACACAGACUAUCACACGGAAGAUGGGGAGAGGUGAAGUAGGUGAGCUGCAGCUGGAUGUCACUCGCCAGGCCCUGCCACUUGACGGCCUGCACCCGGGCCAGACAGCCAACCUCUCUGAGCGCCUGCAAAGUGGGGAUGACAAUGUCGGCUCCUCUGGGCUGCAGGAGAAAUUCCGGGUGCUCCUCUGCAUCAGGUGGCAGCAGUUGGAGCUAAGACGUGGACCCGGGCAGCCAGACUGGGAUUCAACAGAAAAAGUCCGGUUUUUCAAGAAACAGGCAGCAGACACUCGGGAGCUCUGGAAAGCCCUGAGCUGGCCAGAUGGAUCUGCCUGGAUCCCGCUGAGCAGACCCCCAGGGGCCCGCUCCGGGCUGGCCGGGCAGACAGUGGAGCCUGGGGGACCCGGGCGCGCCGAGUUCUUCGUGGGGGCCUCACGGCCCAGCACGUCCCGGCAGGAGAAGCAAUACCAGGACGACCGCCGUGUCGUCCCAGGCUCCCUCCGCGAGGGCUGUCGAGGGGCCAAGUUCAACUUCUCUGUGGGGCGGGACUUGACGAACACAGGGCCAGCACCCAAGAGUGCAACAGGCACUUACCCGGUGGAUAUUUUGGAGGACGACCCUGAGGGACACCAGGAAGAGGCCCUGGCUUACUACGCCGCGCUCGGGCAAGGCGCACGGCCCUCGACGGAGGUGUUCUCUCUGCCCACGGGGGAGCAGGUUCAACUCGACGCGUCGUCCGUUCGCUUUUGUUCCAUGCACCGUGACGAACCUCGACAUCAAACGCUGGUGCUGGUUAACCCCCAGGACACAAAGACAGCUGUGGCUGUUUACAUCAAGGGGUCGUGGUGGUCCACGGAAGAUGUACUCAGAACCUCUGAUCCUGCAAGAGAAGGUCUGGUGAAGGUUCAGUCCUUCGGGGAAAGGAUUGUGCUUUUCGUCCUAAACGUCGUUAUUUUUGGAAGAUCGGAGAGAAAAUUGGAUGACGAUGACAUGUUUUUCUUGCCUCACUCUGCGGAGGAGCAGGCUAAAAUCCUGUGGCGAGACGGAGCAGCGGUUGGAUUUUACACGACCAAAAUGAAAGGCAGCCUGUGUGGCGAUGGCACAGGUGCGUGCUACCUGCUGCCGGUCUUGGACACGGUGUUUGUCAGGAGGAGACACCGUCGCCAGGGCCUGGGCGUGGCCAUGCUGCAGGACUUCUGUGAGACCUUCCGGGAGGACGAGGCCCUGGGCAUCAGCUGGCCGGUUUCUCCUGCCAUGUACCAAGUCUGCAGGAGGUUCCUGCGGGCCCGGCCGGAGGAGCGGGGCCGCCUGUGGGAGGUGGAGCCCCCGGGAGCCUGGGACCAGCGAAGCAGCAUCUGGCUGAAGGUCCAGCUUCAGCAGUCCAGACUUCCGAACUGUCCGGCGUCGCUGCAGGAACGAGGGAGGGAGUGA